CUUCGUGUUUGGAGCAGAAGGGAGGACGGGAUGCCUGUAGGCUGGUGUGAGAGAUGCCCGCUUUGCUCAAGUCGUCAUUGAUGACAUUGGCCUUCCCUGGCAUGUUUAUUGCUUACAAAAUAAAUGAAUUGAAGAGGAGACACCAAGAGCAAAGUCACAGGAAGGUCACAGAAAAGGAACUCACACAACUGCACCAUAAGAUAGACGUUUUAUUGACAAGUUUAGAAGAUCAAAUACCAGAAACUGCAUUGACCAAAGAAGAAGCUUGUGUUCAAUGCAUCACAUCUAAGGCAACGAUGGAAACCCAUCCGUGCGGACAUAAAGUGCUUUGCAGGAAAUGCCUAGUCCAAAGCAUUCAAACAGCCCUGCUACAACGCAAACUACCAUUAAGAUGCCAAGUCUGUAGGGUCAAAAUAUUAAGGUUAAAAAAUUCUGGACGAGCCAAAGGAGCUACACCCCGAACACCACUGAGACCUUUGGGUAGAAGUCAUUCUGCACCCGCAGAUACCCCGCUCUGUUCUCAAGCCAAAUGUGUCCUUCAUAGACACAAGGUCCCAAAUGCAGAAGAGUCGUCAGCGUCUUCCAAACUUUCGCCCGACGGGCCACCAUCAUCGACUUCAUCAUGGGCUUCCAUUACUCGCCGUCAAAGGCGCAGGCAUCGAAGACGUCACAGCUAUGUAAGGUCUGUUUCUACAGAUCUAUUCCCAAUUCCCGAAAGAGAAGAACCUGAUGUGGCAGAAACUCGUGGGACAUAUCUCCAUUGAAAAUAGUGAACAGAGUAAGUCAACGUGAAUUAAGUUAACUAAAAAAUUAAAAAAAAAAGAGAGAGGGGGGGGAAAUAUAUAUAUACGCGAUAACUUGGCUACGAGCGGCAACAAAAUCACUAAUUUAACCUAACCAGAAAACUCUAAAUUAACCUAAUAAGGAAUUGGCUUACCUCAUUCAUUAUCAUCGGCGGCGGCAAUUGGAUAUUUUUUUUUAUAUUUUUAGUUUUAUGAAGCAAAACUCAUAAAAACCAUCCAAUAAAUCGUAAAUUAAAUUAAGUUUUAAUAUUUAAGAUGCAUUUUAAGUUGACUUUUACUAAUAUUUAAACAUAAUUUAUAUUCUCGAGCCGAGAAAGGUGUGAGUAUUGUUUAAAUGAAGAAAGAAAGAAAAAAUUUAGCAAUUUUAAAUGAUAAAGCUGAAAAAUUUUUAAAAUAUAUUUUUCUUUUUCAUAAAACAAGUGAAAACAUUAUCGACUUUUCACUCGCCGUAAUUACUCAGGGAGGAACCCAAUUUGAUUGGAAAUUACGGCAAUGAUUGAUGAAAGCCAUUUUCCACAAGAAACGUCUCAGAUAAUAUUUCUUUUCUAACUAAGUAAAGCAAUUUUAACAAACGAAUCUUACUCAUAAGCAAUUAAAAUCUUUUGAACAAUUCCGAAAUUUAUUGUUAUUCGUAUUUAUUUUUUUUAUUAUAAUUUAAAAAUUUAUAUAAAAUAUUUUUGCUGGAAGGAAAUUAAGCGAAGCUUAAGGAUUUCCUGCAUUUUUGAGUUAGCUCUUAUUCGUUACAUUGGGUUUCUGCAGUAUAAAAAAUCUAUCACGUUAUAUUAAAUCUGUGAUAAAAAUUUUAAAUUAAUAAAUUCUUCAUCAUUUAUCCCAUAAAUCAACAGGUGAUGCAAUAUAUAAAAUAUAUAGGUUAUAUAUAUAAAUUUUUACUUAAAUUAAAUAAUUUAAAAUAUUGUAUUUAAUAUAUUUCCACAUUUUUACUAUUCUGGUAGCAUCCCUUAGUAGUUUAUGAUCGGGUUUUUAUCACAUGAAGUAAAAUAUCGCGUUUUUUUUCCCUUUUCUGACUAACUAAAACGUCUUUCAAAGAUUAACCUAAGUUUAAUGGUUUGUGAUGUUGCAAAUUACACAAAGGAGUCAUUAAUUCAAUUCCUUGGUGUCUGCUAGAUCAAUAUCUAGUUGUGAAGUAUUGAGCAAUAAAGGUGCUUUGUUACCGCUUAAAACCUUAGCCUGUUAAAUCAAGUUGACUUACUCUGUAGUGCCUCAGUUAAGCUUUAAAUGUAUUUUGUGCCUCUAAUUCUAAGAGGUUGCCUCUAACUCUAACUCUCUCUAUCUCUAACUAUUGAUCAAGAAUAAGCACUCAUCACAACAUAUCCACGGAUUUAAACAGUUAUAUAUUCUUCUAUUCCACAUUAAUACACUUAAGUAGCUGUAAAUUUUUUUUUGUUUGGCCUGGAGAUAAUUUAAUGUGUUUUACUUUGGCAAUUUCGUUUAGAUUCCAAGAUUUUCUAGUUUUUUUUUUUUUUCCUUCUUUUUCUUCUUCUAAGAGGGCACGUUGCUUAAUAAAAUUACUUUGUACCCAUCUUACCUUCUGUGCAUUUUUUUAAAAGAACAUCCCCAGUUAUAUUACUACCAAGAAGAUCAAAUCUAUAGCUUAUGAAUACACAUACACUCACACAUAUAUACAUGUAUGUACAGUAUAUUACCGAGUUUAAACGAGAAACAAGGUAAUUUCCAUUGAAAUUACCGUAAGAAUUGGAUCAUAUUAUUUAGGAAUUCAAUAAUAUUAAACAAUAGUAAUAAUAAUUCCUGAAGGUAUCUAUGGAGGAGUGAAUUAUUUCAGGGUACAUACGUAAAAGAUUUGCUCAAACAGUUAGUCAUUUAAAAUUAUGGGGUCCAAAUGGUACGAAUAGUUGAAUUUCUCCUUAUGUUCUCGUCAAACAUGUAUUUAAAAAAAAACAAGUGAGGAUAUCAUAGCAAUAAUUAGUACCUGAAUAAUUGAUUUUUUGAAUGGGUUCGGAGGAGUGCACAC